AUGAGGGAGCGGUUUCAUGCUGCAGUACUUCUCCUGCUCCUGCUGGCCGUUGCUCCCCUGAUAAUGCCUCUGCCUGACCCAGCCUUAAUCCUGAUGACCUGCGGAGAGGUGGCGAUGUCCCUGGCGCCAUGCCUGCCUUACUUGCUCGGCUAUGAGAUCCAGCCGGCGGCCGUCUGCUGCGGAGGCGUCCGCGUGCUCAGCAACUUGGCGCUCACAGCGGGCGACCGCCGUGCCGUCUGCAACUGCCUGAAGCAGGCGGCGGCGUACGUGCAGAGCCUCAAGGAAGCCAACAUUGCUGCGCUGCCCGCUUCAUGCGCCACCCCUAUGCCCUUCCCUUCCAGCUCGCACGCUGACUGCAACCUGUAG